GAGAGGCCGGGCGGGCUAGAGGCUGCGCGGAGCUGCGGGCCGGGCGGGGGAGCCGCUGCGUGCCGCCGCGGGUGCGGGCGGGCGGGCCCGUGGGCUGCGGGAGGCGCGAGCCGCUCCCGGUGCGGUGACGGUGAGCGGCGGGAUUGUGACGCGCAGCCGGGGAGGCCACCGGGCUGGACGUGGGCGCAGACACCGGGGCCGGCUCUCGGCGGGCUCGGCGUGGCCGUUGCGGCGGUUGUAGAGCGUUGCUGCCCGCCGCCUGCAGCGGGAGGUGCGAGGAGAUGCUCACGUAGAGCGCCAGAAGCCCUUGUACAUGUUUCAGCCCUGAACCACCUCCUCAGGUAUCCUGGCUCUGCAAAUUGCUAUGGGAGAUUGGAUGACUGUUACAGAUCCCAGUCUGUGUGCAGAAAGCAAAAAUCUCUCUCAAUAUACCUCAGAAACGAAGAUGUCUCCAUCAAGUUUAUACUCCCAGCAAGUGCUGUGCUCUUCAAUACCUUUAUCAAAGAAUGUGCACGGUGUUGUCAGUGCCUUCUGCACAGAAGAGAACAUUGAACAAAGUAUUUCAUAUCUUGACCAGGAACUGACUACCUUCGGUUUUCCUUCCUUAUAUGAAGAAUCCAAAAGUAAAGAGACAAAGAGAAAGUUAAAUAUAGUUGCUGUUUUAAAUUGUAUGAAUGAGUUACUUGUGCUUCAGCGGAAGAACCUUCUGGCCCAGGAGAGUGUGGAAACCCAGAACCUGAAGCUGGGCAGUGACAUGGACCACCUGCAGAGCUGCUACACCAAACUUAAGGAACAGCUGGAAACCUCGAGGCGAGAGAUGAUUGGGCUUCAGGAGAGAGACAGACAGUUACAGUGCAAAAACAGGAAUCUGCAUCAGCUCCUGAAGAAUGAGAAGGAUGAGGUACAAAAAUUACAAAAUAUCAUAGCCAGUCGGGCUACUCAGUAUAAUCAUGACAUGAAGAGGAAGGAGCGUGAAUACAAUAAGCUAAAGGAACGGCUGCAUCAGCUUGUUAUGAACAAGAAGGACAAGAGACUAGCCAUGGACGUUUUAAACUAUGUGGGUCGAGCUGAUGGAAAGCGAGGCUCGUGGAGGACCGAUAAAACAGAAGCCAGGAAUGAAGAUGAAAUGUACAAAACCCUGCUGAAUGACUAUGAGUACCGCCAGAAGCAGAUCCUGAUGGAGAACGCCGAGCUGAAGAAGGUCCUCCAACAGAUGAAGAAGGAGAUGAUUUCCCUUCUCUCUCCCCAGAAGAAGAAACCCAGGGAAAGAGCAGAAGAUGGCACAGGCCCUGUUGUCAUCUCUGAUAUUGAAGAUGAUGCUGGGGAGCCGAGCAGAGAGAGUGGAUGGGGCCUUUCCUGUGAUACCGUGAGAGAGCAGCUUACAAACAGCAUCAGGAAGCAGUGGAGAAUCCUGAAGAGUCAUGUAGAGAAACUUGAUAACCAAGUUUCAAAGGUCCACAUGGAAGGCCUCGAUGAGGACGUCAUCUCACGGCAAGACCAUGAACAAGAGACUGAAAAGCUGGAGCUGGAGAUCCAACAGUGUAAAGAAAUGAUCCGAGCUCAGCAGCAGCUCCUGCAGCAGCAGCUGGCCACCGCCUGUGAUGACGACACCACCUCACUGUUGCGAGACUGUUACUUGCUGGAAGAAAAGGAACGCCUCAAAGAAGAGUGGUCGCUUUUUAAAGAGCAAAAAAAGAAUUUUGAGAGAGAAAGACGAAGCUUUACAGAAGCUGCGAUCCGCUUGGGGCUGGAGAGAAAGGCGUUUGAAGAGGAAAGAGCCAGCUGGUUAAAACAGCAGUUUUUAAACAUGACGACCUUUGACCCCCACAGCGCAGAAAAUGUGAAGCUGCUCAGUGCCUUCUCAGGAAGUUCUGAUCCAGACAAUCUUAUAGUGCACUCACGGCCACGGCAGAAGAAGCCACACACUGUGGCUAACGGGGCGCCAGCUUGCACAUCGAAACUGACUAAGUCUCUACCUGUUUCACCCUCUACUUCAGACAUUUGCCAGACACGCUCCUGUGUGUCUGAACACAGGAGUUCAAUCAAUGUGCUGAAUAUAACUCCUGAAGAAACUAAACCAAAUGAGGCUGGACGAGAAUGUACGAAUCAGAAGUGGAGUGUGGUGUCGAGACCCAGCUCACGGGAAGGUUGCUACAGUGGCUGCUCCUCGGCCUACACAAAUUCUCACAUGGAGAGAGACGACUUACCUUAGAUGCACAGAUGGCGGUGCUCUCGCUGAACUGUGCAUCCGGAUGCGUUUACGUUUAAGUCAAACAGGGUGUGUGAUAAAGUCAGUCGUCUAAUUGAAGAUGGUCUGGGUGGUUUGUCUGGACCCCGUCUUCCCCCAAAGAGCUGCAAUGCUAAGCUGUUGAAAAGGAUGCAAAGGCGUUGGGUGUGUGUUAGUGACAGAAGCCGCCGGCUCUGUGACUAAAGGAGUGUGUGUUUGGAUGGGAACAGAAGCACUAGAAUGAAUUUCCUCUUCCAGGUAUUGAGAAUAGCACUUUUAGGGGACCUAUUAUUGAAAACAUUAAAUUUUUGUCCCAAAUAUGGUUGGCAUUGGAAGUUUAGCCUUUACUUGAAUGUAUACUGUAGAUUUUUAACAAAGCAAGUUCUAUAUUUAUUAUGUUUAGUGUGAUUUUGGGAUUACCUCUUUCAUGUUUUACAUAAAGUGAAAUUUAUGUAUGUUCUGUACAUAGAUAUACAUGAUUAUGUUAAGAGGCUUUAAGGUUUAAAAUUCCACACAAUGCUAGAGUAUAGUGUUUAAUGCCAGUGUCUUCAGUGGCAUUGCGUUUACAGAUGUGCUAGGACAACUGCCACCUGACAUUUAAGAUUUUAUUUUUAAGCCAUCUGGGCAAUAAAAAUUCAAAGCAACUCCAUGACAACUAGAACUACUAACACUACAUUUUUGAGAUUUUUAAAGCAUUAUAUUUUAUUUUAUAUAUGUGAAUGUUAUUAUUUCUAAGAGGAAUAUUGAUUAUGGAGUAAUGGGGGAAAGAUAAAAGUGUCUUUGAAUUAUAGUAUAAGAGGGUUGGUUUAAGAUAUUUGGAUGAUAAAGGAUAUUUAAUAUAGCUGGAUGGUGAUAUUUUCCUUACCAAAUGGGUACCAGUACAGUAAUAUCUGUACCAGCCAGGGCUUUAUAUCAUUGCCAAUAAUUUUGUAAUUAAAAAAUUUUCAACUAGAUACUACUACUACAGAAAUAAGACAGUGUAAAACAUUGGCUUUUGUAAUUGAGAUAUGACAUUCUGGACACUCAUGUCAGUUCAUUUUCAGAACAAUCUUAGGCUCUUUUGUCUCAUGUUUCUGCUGCAUGUUUCUUCCUGAGAAGUAUGUUAUUAUUGAUAGUGAUGACAGUAAUAAUAAAUGUAGACCUAGGCCAGGCUUCUCCUGGAUGGAUUCAUCCAAAAGCUUUUAAGUGCCUCACCCUGCUUGUCUCUGCUCAUAGACGCCAACAUGAGUCCUUGCUCAACCAUGCAGGUUAGUCCCGUCCGCCUUUCUCUUUCCUUGGCCCUGUUUGUGGCUCUUGCAUUAAAUUCAUCAUGCUACCAAAUGAGAAAACUGUGUUGUCCAUUGACUGGGUGACUUUGUGUGGGGCUGCUCAGACAGCACGGCCUACGGAGGCACUGCUGCCUACUAAGCGUCCUUUUGCUGGUAGCUAUGCUCACAGGUCAAGGAGCUAGCUUGUGUGUGAGAGUCGCUACCUUCAGCCUGGUGCAUGAUCAUUUCCUUACUCUUUAAAAUGUGACAUUUCAGAGAUACUGCUGUAGUCCAGAGGAGGAAACCCAGCUGGGAUAGAAUUGCCUUACUGUUGAAGAAAGGCAAUCAAAGUUUUGAAGUAGUUUCUGAUUAUUUCUAUCCCACAUCUCCACAGGGGUCUGUCUCCAUGACAGCCUUGGCCAGAUAGAAGCAUUCCUGUUUUUCAUCAUAGCUGUGCUGUAUUCCAUGAGGAGGGUUUUCUGGAAAGGAACACCUGCUUUUUUGCUGUGUUUGCAUUCCAGCACAAGCUGAGGCUCUCAUACCACAAAGAAAUUCCUGAGACUUUAAGGUGCGAAGGAAACUGUGGAAGAGAACCAGAUCUCUCUGCUUUAGGGGUGUGCACAAAUCUGCCAAAAGCCGUACAUCUUCCUAGCUCUCUUGUUUUGCUGCCCACUCCUAUUUUAAAAUGAUCCCAGAUCACCAGGCUUCCCAGAGAGUUGAGUGUGCUGUGCUGGAGAGUAUGGGUUGAUGGGAAAGCUCCCGGGGCUCUGCCUCUUGAUUUGCAAACCUUUGCAAUGUGCCAGCAACACAGCCAUGCUGGUCCUCUGACCCCAUUGAUAGUGCCAGUGUCUCCCGGCUAGAAAGCCUCCUGGUAAUUGUAUGUGCUUUAUCAUUAUUGUUAUUGUUUAUCAAUAUAGAAAUCUGAAACUUUGUACAUCAAGUUGGUUUGUACAUACUUGACAUACCCAUUUUGAAUUUUCAAAGCUUAAAAAUGGAAUUGAAAACUUGAGAUAGUUUCCUUCUCUUAAGUAACUUUACAAUGAUUAGAAGCCUAAUAGAAAAAUCGUGACAGAGAAGACCGUGGCUAGGAUUUAAUAAAGGAGUAUUUUCUUAGAGAAGCAAAUAUUAGAUGACUUAGGUUUACAGGACUGUCCACAGCAGGUUGUCUGCCUCGUUGUGUAAUGGAAUACAGUAUGUUAUUUGGGAGGAAUUCUGAGGCUCCUCUCCUAGCUAAGUGAGGUUGUCGAAAGGCUUUUUAAUAACUUGGUUUUUGUAGGAGAACGUAUUCUAUGGAGCAUGAUGAGACUGGUGCCUGGAAUCCAGUUAACUUCCCCUGGGUAGAUCCGUCUGAAAGGCCCUAGGACAGCAGGGGUGGCUUCUAAGUGUGGGAGCUUGGAACACUGCGAACUAACGAAGCCUUCUGUGACUACCCUGCUGUUAGCGUUCUUGGAAGUGUGUACACCAGUGUGGACAUGCUCUUGGAAGUGUACACACCAGUGUGGACAUGCUCUUGGAAGUGUACACACCAGUGUGGACAUGCUCUUGGAAGUGUACACACCAGUGUGGACAUGCUCUUGGAAGUGUACACACCAGUGUGGACAUGCUCUUGGAAGUGUACACACCAGUGUGGACAUGCUCUUGGAAGUGUACACACCAGUGUGGACAUGCUCUUGGAAGUGUGUACACCAGUGUGGACAUGCUCUUGGAAGUGUACACACCAGUGUGGACAUGCUCUUGGAAGUGUGUACACCAGUGUGGACAUGCUCUUGGAAGUGUACACACCAGUGUGGACAUGCUCUUGGAAGUGUACACACCAGUGUGGGCAUGCUCUUGGAAGUGUGUACACCAGUGUGGACAUGCUCUUGGAAGUGUACACACCAGUGUGGACAUGCUCUUGGAAGUGUACACACCAGUGUGGACAUGCUCUUGGAAGUGUACACACCAGUGUGGACAUGCUCUUGGAAGUGUACACACCAGUGUGGACAUGCUCUUGGAAGUGUACACACCAGUGUGGGCAUGCUCUUGGAAGUAUGUACACCAGUGUGGACAUGCUCUUGGAAGUGUACACACCAGUGUGGACAUGCUCUUGGAAGUGUGUACACCAGUGUGGAUAUGCUCUUGGAAGUGUGUACACCAGUGUGUGGGCAUGCUCUUGGAAGUAUACACACCAGUGUGGGCAUGCUCUUGGGUGGAAUUGUGUGACUGCAGUAAACACACCUUGCCUGUGCUCGUGUUCAUUCUUCCUUCAGUAAGCAUGGGCGGAGGACCUGCUGUUUGUCGCGUCUGUGUUUGUCAUGCUGGCCCCUGAGGAUCAGAAGAUGGGCCUACUCACCCCAUCCCUGAGAAUCCCUGAGUUGAAUGCUGGCUGUAAAACCUCAGUUGUCAUAAACCACUGGUGUGUUAGUCCUGCAUCUGUCUGGUCUGCUCCAGGUCCCCCGCUUGCCCGUGUUGUAAUGGUAGCAGUGCUUGGCUUCCACAAGCCCUGCCACUAUUUCCCGUCAGAUGCACUAUAGAAUACAUUUAUUUUUUUCCCCACAAAUGUCGAUAUACAAAGCAGAUAAGACUUUAUUCCCGCAGGGAAGAGAUGGAUUAUCAUCCAACAGAAACUAAGCAAAGAUGUGCAUGCAGAUGAGAUUGUGAAAUAGGUGAUUUCCUUCUUUUUUUUUUCUUUUUUUCUGAAUUGAAUGUUUGGUGAUUCACCCCCCCCCCUUGCCCCAGGGCUGAAUGUAAAUUAGAAUGGAAUGGACUACUGAUUAAAUGAAUGGACUACUGAUUAAAUGAAUGGACU